AUGGAGGCAGCAGAACAAGCGGAACUAGCUAUACGUCGACCAACGCAGACGUAUGGACCAAAACCACGAGUAGUCUGGAAGGCACCACCUACAGGGAUGCUAAAGUGUAAUUGGGAUGUUGUUGUCGAUGCAGGAGGACGGAAGAUGGCAGCAAGAAUUGUCUUCGAAACCCAUGAAGGAGAAGUUAUUGUAGCCAAAUGCUUUCUAAAACCUUACAUAAAGGAUCUUCAAAUUGCUGAGGCAGUAGCAGCUUGGAAAGUAGCAGAUCUUAUUUGGCAGCUGUGGCUCACGGACAUCAUUUUAGAAGGCGACUCUCUUGCGGUGGUACAGGUUCUCCAUACCACUUUAUUUGCUGGAAUUGGAGUUGUGAUGGUUCUAAUCUACUGCUUGAUCAAGAGAAAGUUCUCAUCCAAUCAAAUUAUUUAUUUUUGGAAAAAGAAAAGUCUAAACCAUAAGACUGUCCAAGACUUUCUAAGAAAUCAUGGACCUCUUACUAUUAAAAGAUACAGUUAUUCAGAUAUCAAGAAAAUAACCAACUUCUUUAGAGAUAAAUUAGGCGAAGGGGGCUUUGGUGGUGUCUACAAGGGAAAGUUAAAAGAUGGAUGUCUUGUGGCAGUGAAGGUUUUGAAGGAAUCUAGAGGUAAUGGAGAGGAAUUCAUUAAUGAGGUUGCAAGCAUUAGUAGGACCUCCCAUGUCAACAUUGUCUCUCUUAUGGGCUUUUGCUUUGAGGGUUCUAAAAGAGCCCUCAUCUAUGAGUUUAUGCCCAACGGAUCUCUAGAGAAGUUCAUAUAUAACAAAAGUCCUUCAAAGUCUGCUCGACGAUUGGAAUGGGAGACAUUAUACAACAUUGCAAUUGGCAUUGCUCGAGGAUUAGAGUACUUACAUAGAGGUUGCAGCACAAGGAUCUUACAUUUCGAUAUAAAGCCCCACAAUAUUCUUUUGGAUGAGAACUUCAGCCCAAAAAUUUCUGAUUUUGGUCUUGCAAAAAUAUACUCACAAUAUUAUAGAUUCAUGAAGGAAGCUAUCACGGCAGAUAUCAUCUCAUAG